UCACUACAGUGGUAGCCACGCUUCCGGUUGGCUUGUCGGUCUGACUGCAUGUCAACCUGUCAACUGGGACAGGCAGUGAAUGAAAGUUAAUUGAUGUAUAUUAUAAAAUCCGCACAUUAACAUUAGGCUUGUAUUUUAUGUUCCUUGAGCUGCAAUGUCUACUAAACUAUUGAAAUGUUUGAAAACUCUCCAAGACCAUUCAGCAAGAAGGUUUAGCAUUGGAGCUGCUUCCCUUAGUUCAGUGAAUUUAAAGGGUCGCAGCUGUCUGACUCUGAAGGACUUCAGCUCAGAUGAAAUCAAGAGGCUGUUGUGGGUGUCAGGGGAUCUAAAACAUCGGAUCAAGCAUGAAAAAGAGUAUCUUCCUCUUCUGCAAGGAAAGUCGAUUGCUAUGAUAUUUGAGAAGAGGAGCACCAGAACAAGAAUGUCCACAGAAACAGGUUUUGCUUUGCUGGGUGGCCAUCCCUGUUUUCUCACCUCUCAGGACAUCCACCUGGGAGUGAAUGAGAGUCGCACAGACACAGCUAGGGUUCUCUCAGGACUCUGUGAUAUUGUCUUGGCACGAGUGUACAGCCACUCCACACUGGAGGAGCUGGAUAAGGAGGCCUCCAUCCCCAUCAUUAACGGUCUGUCUGACCUCUACCAUCCAAUCCAGAUUCUGGCUGACUUCCUCACUUUACAGGAGCAUUAUGGGUCCCUUAGUGGACUAACUUUGAGCUGGAUUGGAGAUGGGAACAACGUCCUCCACUCCUUCAUGAUGACAGCAGCUAAACUGGGAGUUCAUCUUAAGAUUGCUACUCCAAAGGGGUAUGAGCCAGAUAGGAGUGUUAUUCAAGAGGCACAAAGACUCUCCAAAGAGCAUGGGACCCAGCUUGUUCUGACCUCUGACCCAAUGGAGGCCGCCCACGGCAGCAAUGUUUUGGUCACCGACACCUGGGUCAGCAUGGGACAGGAGGAGGAGAAGAAAAAGAGGCUCAAAGACUUUAAAGGUUACCAGAUUACAAUGCAGACAGGAAGUGUGGCUAAACCAGACUGGACCUUCCUGCAUUGUCUCCCCCGGAAAACGGAGGAGGUGGAUGACCAGGUAUUCUACUCAUCCCGCUCCCUCGUCUUCCCAGAGGCAGAGAAUAGAAAGUGGACAAUCAUGGGUUUGAUGGUGUCUCUUUUGACUGACUACACUCCACAGAUCCCCAUGCUCAAGUUUUAAUUUCAGGUCAUAAGGUGGAGUUUUACUUGUAUGACAGUCCUACGGCAGGUGCCUCUGCAUAUUUCAGUGUCAGAUUUCACUCAUCCAUGCCACCAUAACAACAUGGUUACCCCAAAUUAAUUGUGUUUACAAGAAGGAGAAGAAGGUUCAUUUGACUGAACAGUAGAAAUGUCUGAUGAAUCAAUUGCAGUCUUCCCAUUUAUCCUCGACUUACUACUACAGUAUUUCAAAUAUUUUAAAUGUGUUAAUCCUGUUUCAUGUAAAAGGACUUGAAGACGACAUAUGAAAUGUGAUUGCAUUAUUCUAUUCAAGGCAUUGUAUUAAAUUACUGUUGUCACGGACGGUUAUCAAUUUCAAACUAAUAAAAAACUUGACUAAUGCACCGAAGACAGCAGAACAGCAAAAACUUCCCGUUCAGCAAGGGCUUUGUGAGAGAAACAUCAUCGUCAGACAAGCAAUGAUCGCUAGCCAAUCGUAGGCAGAGUAGGAUGAGUCAUGCUUUUGCUAUAGUGGGAUUCAUAAAUUAAAUUACACAAAAACAAAAAGUGUAUACACAAUAAAAUGUUAAUCUUUUUAUUAUAUUUAUUUUUUAUUUUUUAUUGUUUGUGUUGUUUUUUUUCUGAUAUAUUUUCACUCAGGCUCUAUAAUUUGAUUGUACCCUCCAUUUAAAUUGUUUAACACUUUUGUUAUGAAAAAUGGAGGGGAAAAAAAGGACUUUUAUAUUUGUUGAAAUAAAGCUUUGAAUUUGA